AAUAUUCUGCUAUUUAAAAUUGGUAAUCUGUAAUCUCUGUGGACAGAAUACAAUAAUUAUAAAUUGAAUCUCGGAGUGUGUCUUGGUUUUACAUUGUACGUUUUUUUGUGUGGAAGUCAUCCUUCCUGUCCAUCUGAGAGAGACUGACUGAAGAUGAGUGAGAAAGAUGAUCAAGAGGACAAAGCAGAGACUUCAUCCACGGAGAGUGAUCUGUGUCAGGAUCGUCCAGCAAGGUUACAUGAUGAACGUGGAUUCUCAGACACAAAACACAGAGACAACUUUUCAACAUCCAGCCACUUGUAUUUGAGAAGUGAAAUUUCUAAACAUGAACCUCCAACCUUCGGCAAUGAACCUGAACCUCCAAACACAAAAGAGAGGAAGAGCAGUGCUGUUGGGGAGGAGAAGCAGUUCUCCAGUUGUGGUUUGUGUGAAGAUCUCCUGAAGGACCCAGUCUCCAGCAUCUGUGGACACCGGUUCUGCAGACAAUGCAUCAACUCAUAUCAGGACCAGGGUUCUUCAUCAGGAACUUGUUUCUGUCCUCAGUGUGGAAAAAGAUCCAGAGCUGGUCUGCAGACAGACACUCAGAGCAGCUCUGUCCAAAAAGGUCUGCAGAAGGUUUUAGAUGAACACAAGAGGAGUGUGAGGAAGAGAUGUGAACGUGUGACUGAAGGAAGUGAUGAAUCCGGAGGAGGAAUCCUCCUCAACAGGAUCUACACUGAGCUCCACAUCACAGAGGGACAGAGUGAGGAGGUCCAGUGGGAACAUGAAGUGAUGCAGCUGGAGACAUUUUGCAGGACGGAGAAGCACCACGACACUGCCAUCAGGUGUCAGGACAUCUUCAAAACCUCAGCCGAGCAGCAGAGACCCAUCCGAGUGGUUCUGACCAACGGCGUGGCCGGUGUGGGAAAAACCUUCUCGGUGCACAAGUUCACCCUGGACUGGGCCGAGGGCCUGGAGAACCAGGAUGUCGGUGCGCUGGUCGUCCUGUCCUUCAGGGAGCUGAACCUGGUCCGACAUCAGCAGUACAGUCUUCUCAGACUGCUCCAGGUUUUCCACCCAGCCUUACAGGAGGUGACGGCAGAGGAGCUGGCCGUUUGCAGACUCUUGUUCAUCCUUGACGGUCUGGAUGAAAGCAGACUUUCUCUGGACUUCCAUAGUGGACCGAAUGUUUCUGACGUCACACAGGAGUCAUCGAUCGACUUGCUUCUCAUAAACCUCAUUCAGGGGAAUCUGCUUCCUUCAGCUCGGGUCUGGAUCACUUCCAGACCGGCAGCAGCCAAUCAGAUCCCUCCAUCAUGUGUGGACAGGCUGACAGAAGUGCGAGGCUUCGCUGACGCCCAGAAGGAGGAGUACUUCAGGAGGAGACUGAGCGAUGAGGAGCUGUGCAGCAGAAUCAUCUCCCACAUCCAGACCUCCAGGAGCCUCCACAUCAUGUGCAGAAUCCCAGUCUUCUGCUGGAUCACUGCUACAGUUCUGGAGCACAUGUUGAGCACAGAGCAGAGAGGAGAGCUGCCCAAGAUUCUGACUGACAUGUACUCCCACUUUAUAAUGGUUCAGAAAACAAGGAAGAGGCAGAAGUACCAUGAGGGACCAGAGACAUGUCCAGAGGAACUGAGUGAGGCUGACAGGGAGGUUCUUCUAAAUCUGGGGAGGAUGGCUUUUGAACAUCUUCAGAUAGGAAACAUCGUUUUCUACCAAGAAGACCUGAAGCAGUGCGGUCUGGAUGUGGCAGAGGCCUCGGUGUACUCUGGAGUUUUUACCGAGAUCUUCAGAAGAGAGUGUGUGAUCUUCCAGAAACCAGUCUACUCCUUCAUUCAUCUGAGCAUUCAAGAGUUUCUGGCUGCAGUUUACAUGUUCCACUGUUACUCCAACAAGAAGACCGACGUGCUGCAGGUUUUCCUGAGGGAAGACGUCACCGAUUUAUCUGUGGAAGAUUUCAUCAAGAAAACUUUAAAAAGAUCUCUUGAAAGUCAUCAUGGUCACCUGGAUCUGUUUGUCCGUUUCCUUCAUGGCCUUACUUCAGAGACCAACCAGAAAUUCUUAAGAGAUCUGCUCGGUCAGCCCAAAAUUAGUCCAGAAACUUUCAAAACAGUCCUCCAGAACCUUAAAGAGAUGAAAACAUCUGAAAUGUCACCGGACAGAAGCAUCAACAUCUUCCACUGUCUGAUGGAGAUGAAGGACCUCUCAGUGCAGCAGGAGAUCCAAGAGUUCCUGAAGUCAGAGAACAGAUCAGAGAAGGAGCUCUCUGGGAUCCACUGCUCAGCUCUGGCACACAUGCUGCAGAUGUCGGAGGAGGUUCUGGAGGAGUUCGACCUGAAGACGUAUAAUGCGUCCACGGAGGGUCUGCUGAGGCUGAUUCCAGCUGUGAGGAACUGCAGGAAGGCUCGAAUUACCGAGUGUGGACUUGCAGAGACUCACUGUCAGGUUGUGGCGUCGGCCCUGAAGUCCAGCCUCUCCCAUCUGACUCAUCUGGAUCUGAGUCUCAACAGCCUGCAAGAUUCUGCAGUGAUGAUUCUGUGUGCUGGACUGGAGAGUUCAAACUGCAGACUGGAGACUCUGAUAUUGAGGCGCUGCGGUUUGUCGGACGUCAGCUGUCAGUAUCUGGCCUUGGCUCUGAAGUUCAGCCCCUCUCACCUGCAACAUCUGGACCUGAGUCUCAACGUGGAGCUGCGGGACUCGGGAGUGGAGCGGCUGUGUGGUUUUCUUCAGAGUCCACUCUGCAGACUGAAGAGUCUCAGACUGAGGAACUGCGGUUUGUCAGAGACCAACUGUGGUUCUCUGGUCUCAUCUCUACAGUAUAACCCCUCCAUUCUGAAACAUCUAGACUUGAGUCACAACCAGCUUCUGGAUUCGGGAGUGAAACUGCUGUGUCGUUUCCUGCAGAAUCCACUCUGCAGACUGGAAACUGUGAGAAUGAGGGGCUGCAGUCUGUCGGAGAUCAGCUGCACGUCUCUGCAGUCAGCUCUGGGAUCCAACCACUCCCACAUGAUACAUCUGGACCUGAGUGAAAACUACCUGCAGGAUUCAGACGUGAAGCAGCUGCUUGAUCUCGUCCACACGACAAUCUGAAGUGUGUGAGGUCAGAUAAAGAGGAAGUGUUCCCCUUAAAGCUGCUGAGGAGCUGCAUGAGGACAUCUGAUUGGUUGGCUAUGGAAGAAGAUGAUGAACAUGAGUCCCUUGGACUGGGGGCUUGUCCGGGAAUUGAACCUGGGACCUCUUGCCACCCACGUAUGACCUGGAUUAUAACACGACACUCAAGUGUCUUCGCAUGGUCAAGCAGCGUGAACUGAUUCACGAAGAAAUGUAAAAUAAUUUGGUAACACUUUAUUUGAAGCCCCCCUGUAUAACACAUUAUAAGUACAUUUAUAAAGCUUUAUAAUACCAUUAUAACACGUGUAGCUAUAGUUAUAAA